AUGUUGACUGAACAUAAAGUAUUAAACGAAAUUAUGUUUACACAUACUCAAGCCGGCGCCUUUUUAACGUCGAUAGCAAGUCAAUAUACUCGAAGCAUAUUCCUCAUCGUUUUAUGCCUAUUUUGCCCUUUAGAUGAAGCGAGAUGGAUAGCUUUUUUUCGAGUUCAUAAGCAGCAGAAGCAGCAGCAGCAGCAGCAAAUACAGAAAAUCAGUGUUUUGUUUGAAAAACCCUAA